GGCUCCUCUGGGUUUUUUUUUGAGCCUAUCACCCAACUCCAGCAGGCAGAGAGGCCAAGGGGAGAGCAUGAUGAUGGACCUUUUUGAAACUAGCUCCUAUUUCUUCUACUUGGACGGAGAAAAUGGAGCUCUGCAGCAGCUGGAGAUGGCAGAGGGGUCCCCCCUGUACCCAGGCAGCGAUGGCACUUUGUCCCCGUGCCAGGACCAAAUGCCCCCAGAAGCCGGGAGUGACAGCAGUGGAGAGGAGCAUGUGCUGGCACCCCCAGGCCUACAACCCCCUCAUUGCCCCGGCCAGUGUUUGAUCUGGGCUUGUAAGACCUGUAAGAGGAAAUCGGCCCCCACCGACAGGAGGAAAGCAGCCACCCUGCGGGAGAGGAGGCGACUGAAGAAGAUCAACGAAGCCUUCGAGGCUCUGAAAAGGAGGACUGUGGCCAACCCCAACCAGCGGCUGCCCAAGGUGGAGAUCCUGAGGAGUGCCAUCAACUACAUAGAGAAGCUGCAGGAUCUCCUGCACAGGCUGGAUCAGCAGGAGAAAAUGCAGGAGAUUGGGGGAGAUCCUUUUAGCUUCAGCCCCAAGCAGGGAAAUAUCCCAAGUUCAGAUUUCCUGAGCACCUGCAGCUCCGACUGGCAAAAUGUUUCUGAUCAUUCCAGAGUGCUAGCACUCAACGCCAAAGAAGGAGCCUCCAUCGUUGAAUCUUCAGCCUCUAGCAGCCUUCGUUGUCUUUCUUCGAUAGUGGACAGUAUUUCUUCAGAAGAUCCCAAACUUCCCAGCGUGGAGGAAGUGGUAGAGAAGUAGAUCUGCAUUUGGCCUGGUAGUAUUUUGAACGCAGAUAACAAGGAACUCACCCCACAAUCUAUAAAUGAAAUAAUGAAUUAAUUUAAUAUUUUAGCAGUCCCAGACAGGGGCCUAGUUAAAGGCACUGGUAGGCAGUUAAAGUUGAAUCUUCUUAAAAAGAAAUGUUCCUCCAAUAAUUGUACAAUCCAAUUUUCUUUUCUUUCUUUCUUUCUUUCUUUCUCUUAUGUUGUAUAGACCACUGCUUUUUUAUUUAAUAUAUUUACUUGUUUUCUGGUGAUCCACUUUGUAUAAUAUUCAAAAAAAAGUUCAUUCCUGUCUGAGUGAAGCUGUUGUUUGGAUAUCCUGUUAGUAUUAUUUAAAGAGUUCUUAGGUUGUGUUUUUGUACAUAAUUUUAGUACUUUUUUAAUGUAAACCGCAUCCAUAUCUAUAUAUAUAUAUUUAAAUUGUGGAAUGUGAUACUGUAUAUAAGAACGGCCAGAUUUCCUGAGUAUGUAAAAUAAAGUUCUUUGUGUUACAAAGGU